UCCUUCGCUUGCACUGCUCCUUCCCCGGCUAUUUCUGCUGCUGCUUCGUCGCAAAUUGCUCUAUAAAUUAACCAACUGGGGCAUGUUCCUCUCUUUCAUCCCUUGAACAAACUACUUUUCUUUUUCUUCAUUUUUUUCCUCUCAAGAUAGGAAGCAGUCCUCCUCCUCCUCCUCCUCUCUCUCUCUCUCUCUCUCUCUCUCUCUCUCUCUCUCUCUCUCUCUCUCCUGCCUGUGAAUUAGGCAACGCCGUUUGGUUUUUGUAGGGAGAAUCCAAGUUACAGUUCAGAUAAAUUCAUUUAAGAAAGAUGAAAAAUAAAGCUGUAACAAGGCUGCUGAAGCAGAUAGAGCAGGCGCUGGCGGCCAUGGCCAAGGCCAAGGCCCUGGCACUGAACCUGAAAAGCAAAAUCAGCGAUAUCAGGGCUCGGAUGACGAUAUUCUCCCUGCUUUACUUGGACAAAAGAUCACUGCUGGGAUCCAUCCGGCCUAACAAGCUCCGCGCCUUUCUCUCUCACCACCAGAAGCCGCAGCAGGAGCCAUCCAAUGGUGGUGAAGACCAGUACCAGAUCAGUAACCAGGUUAACAUGGUUCUCUCCAGCAUUAGUAAUAUUGUUCAGGAUGCUACGGUGGCCAACCACGUUAACACUGGGUAUUUAGAGGAGGCGACGGUGGCUGCAAAGCAAGAGGAUGAGGAGGAGGAGGAUCUGCCACAAUCAUUGUUGGAGGAGUUGGAGUUUGAGGAUCGUGAUGUGGGAAAAUCAGAGAUAGAGAUGGUGAGGGAUUCCAAGGAAGUACUGGACGAGGGGGAGGAUUCCAGGCUCGAGGACCGGAUAGAUGAGGUGGCCGAGCUGUUCAUCUCCAGGUUCCACCACCAGAUGAGGAUGCAAAAGCAAGACUCUUUCAAGAGCUUAUCAAUGCAUCCCCCACCUCUACCUAGCUAGAAAAUUUCCAGAAACACACAAAAAUGUAUCAAACUUCAUGAAAUUCCAUGCCCGCGGUUCCAUGUUGUCAUUAAUUUCGUGAUAGCUAGAACCCCCCCGAGGCCUUUAGUUCUUCUUGUGAGUCUGAGAUUCUACAGUACUAAUGAACCAUUUCGGUAUUAUACCCAUUGGCCAUUGGUAUGUAUUCAACAGUACUAGUAGCUGCUGCUGCUGUUUUUUUUUUUUUUUUUGCGUGGUUCGAAUCCUCUCUAUCUCUACCCAAUUUUCUAGGUGAUAGUGUUUCGGUGCAUUUUCCACCAUUGGAUUUCA